AUGGUGAACUCUACUCAUAUUUCAUAUUUUAUACUUGGUGCUUACUUUGAAACAGGGGUUUUUAAGUACUUGUUCUUCACGAUUGUCAUGUGUUUAUAUGUGUGUAUUUUAGGUGCCAACGUGUUGCUGAUUGUGGUUAUCUGUGUGAACAGGAGCUUACAUGAACCUAUGUACCUUUUUCUGUGCAGCCUGUUUGUAAAUGAACUGUAUGGUAGUACAGGGUUGUUUCCAUUCCUGCUGGUUCAGAUCCUCUCUGACAUUCACACUGUCUCUGCUCCGCUCUGCUUCCUGCAGGUUUUCUCUGUGUACUCUUAUGGAAGUGUGGAAUUUACUAAUUUAGCCGUCAUGUCUUAUGACAGAUAUAUUGCUAUCUGUUAUCCUCUGCAAUAUAACUCACGUAUGACGUAUAAUAUGGUUGUCGUGCUCAUUGCCGCCAUAUGGUUUCCUCCUUUUGUUGCUGUCUUUGUCACGAUAUCACUGAGUGUGUCUUUAACGCUGUGUGGGAACAUCAUUAACAAAGUGUACUGUGAUAACUACUCCAUUGUUAAGAUGGCCUGCUCUGACACUACAGUCAAUAAUGUGUAUGAACUUAUUGCUACUUUUUUCACUGUCUGUGGUCCCCUAUCUGUAUUUUUCUUCACGUACAUGAGGAUCCUCAGAGUGUGUUUCUCUGGCUGUAAGCAGAGCAGACAGAAAGCUCUCAGCACCUGCACACCUCACCUCGCUUCCCUCAUCAACUUCUCCUUUGGAGUUUUCUUUGAGAUAUUGCAGAGCAGGUUUAAUAUGAGCGGUGUACCCAACACGUUGAGAAUAUUUUUAUCAUUAUAUUUCCUCACUUGUCAGCCUCUCUUCAGCCCUAUGAUGUACGGCCUCAACAUGUCCAAGAUAUACAUCCUGUGUAAAAAUCUGCUGCUAGCUUGGGUUGGGAAUAACCUCUAA